AGCCGUAAGUCAUCAGGCGGACGUUAAGUUCGAAAUGGGCCAAUAGUUGAUCAAAGUGGGAAGUUUAAAUUCUGAAUGGCGGAAGGAGCCGGAAGAGUUGGAGUCAGAGCAGUGCACUGCGUCCCUAUGGCACAGUUUCUGUUUGAGAGUGAUUUGCACGGGCUAUUGAAACUUGAUGCCCCAAUACCAAAUGUGCCUCCUGCACGAUGGCAGCGUAAGGCCAAGGAUGCCGCUGGUCCCAGCACUGGAGCUGCCUCAGAUGCCAUAGCUCCUUCGCCUAUGAAACCAGCUAACAGGCCUCAUAGUACCAGCAAGACUCCUUCCAAAACACCAGGCAAGUCUGGUUCCAAAUCACAAAAUACUCCAAACAAAACUGGAGGUGAUCGAUACAUCCCUAAUCGUAGUGCUAUGCAAAUGGAUGUGGCCAAUUUUCUCUUAACCAAAGAGGAAUCCUCUGAGGAGACACCCACCAAGAAGGAGCAUCAGAAAGCCUGGGCAAUGAAUCUUAAUGGUUUUGAUGUAGAAGAGGCAAAAAUCCUGAGACUAAGUGGGAAACCUCAGAAUGCCCCUGAAGGAUACCAGAACAAUCUCAAAGUGCUCUAUAGCCAGAAGAGCACACCAGGCUCCACAAGGAAGGUAAACAGAUACAUAGCCUCUGUGUCGGAGCGGAUUCUAGAUGCCCCAGACAUUCGAAAUGAUUACUAUCUGAACUUAGUUGAUUGGAGCUCCCUCAACUUUUUGGCCGUGGCUCUGGAUAAAUCAGUAUAUCUAUGGAAUUAUGAUUCCAGAGAAAUAAUCCAGCUCAUGCAAAUGGAAAAUCCUGAUGACUACAUCUCUUCUGUUUCAUGGAUCAGAGAAGGAAAUUACCUUGCAAUUGGCACAAGUAAUGCCGAGGUCCAGUUAUGGGACAUCCAGCAAAAGCGUCUACGGAAUAUGGUCAGUCAUUCAUCCCGUGUGAGUUCUUUAAGUUGGAAUAACUACAUCCUGUCCAGCGGAUCACGGACUGGUCACAUACAUCAUCACGAUGUCCGUGUGGCAGAACACCAUGUGGCAACACUUGCUGGCCAUACACAAGAAGUAUGUGGACUAAAAUGGGCACCUGAUGGGCGUUACUUGGCCAGUGGAGGCAAUGACAAUCUUGUAAACAUAUGGUCUGUUGCUCAAGGGGACAGCUGGUCACCACGUCCUGUGCAAACUUUUACACAACAUCAGGGAGCUGUUAAGGCUGUGGCUUGGAGUCCAUGGCAAUCCAAUGUGCUGGCUACAGGAGGUGGAACAAGUGCGCACAUAAGGAUCUGGAAUGUGUGCUCUGGGAGUUGCCUCAACACAGUAGAUGCACAGUCUCAGGUCUGUGCAGUACUAUGGUCUACAAACUAUAAAGAACUUGUGUCUGGUCACGGUUUGCUCCAAAACCAGCUGGUAGUGUGGAAAUACCCAUCUAUGUCAAAGGUUACUGAGUUGAAAGGUCACACUGCUAGGGUGCUAAGCUUAACUAUGAGCCCAGAUGGAACCACAGUUGCUUCAGCAGCAGCAGAUGAAACACUGAGGCUUUGGCGCUGCUUUGAGUUGGAUCCAGCACGUAAGAAGGAGAAAGAGAGCAGUACUAAAACCAAUAUCCAUCAAGGAAUUCGCUGAGUUUCAUCCAACUCCUUCCAAUCUAUUGCUUUAUGUACAGAAUUUUAAAACUAUUAAUAAAUAUUUUGCUCUCCUUUAGAAUAGUGGUAUAUGGAUUGAUAUAUGAAUCAAAUGGUGUGAAUGACUUUAAUCGAUAUGGCUGUUGCUAGGACUUGGCUUGCAUACUAUUGUAAAAAAAUAAACUAUCUAUUGAAGAAAAAUAAAGACCAGACUCUCCUCCUGAUACAACCGAUAAUUUUCCUUCUCUAAUCACUCUGGCAGCUUAUUACUAGGAAUACUGUCUUAGGUUUGGUCUUUUCUUGACUUUUGAGGAACAAUUUAGCUUCCCUCUUCCACCCCUCUUGAGUUGUGGGACAGAUCACUGUAGAUUUCAGAAUUGAGAGUUAAUCUGAAAUAUUAGUUUGGGACUUGAAGUAUGUUUUCAAGUUGUAAUUGAAGCUGGUACUACCUCAUGCACCUGAUGCAAAACCCGCAUACUAUGUAGGAUGAUUGUGAUGGUUUAUCAACCUCCAGAGCAACAUCCUGUUACGGACCAAUAGUUUUAUUGGGAAAUAUGUAACUAGUAAUUUUGCUUGCAAACUAUUGUUGCCUUACCAAACAGAUAGAUAUUGCAAAUUUGCUUAGUUGAACCCUGAUUUUACUGAACUUUGUGUUCUGGUAUUUAAGACUGCUUUUCCAAAACUAUUCAGCAGUUAUGGAAUAGUUUAUCCUGAGAGUUAAUCCUUCUGCUUCUUUGUAUUUCUUGCACUUCUUUAAACUCAAGCAUUCCAAUAUCCCAAAUGCUGGUGAGUGAAUUUGGCCUACUGUGGUUUUUUUUACCUCGAUCAAAUCACCUGUAAUCUGAACAGUCCUACAAAUGAUUUUAUUGCCUUCUGAUUGAGUGGAAGUUGUGAAAAGCCAAGCCUAAUGAAGAUCAAUGUUAGCCUCAGCUCAUCUUUGCCAAGCACUGGCACUUUUCCAUGAUUCGUGGGUCUUACAAAAAAAUGAUGAAAAUGAUCUGUUCUAAGGAUCAAAAUGACAGUGGAGGUUAUUAGACAAUUGCCAUUUUAGCAGAUAAAUCUAUAGUUAACUAUUUUGACAAUUGGUUGGGAGUCCAGCCAGAUGUACAAAUUUAAUGAAAUAAAACGAUGCAGUAAGAUAAUUCAUAUUACAUGAAUAAAUACAUUUUAAUAUUCAGGAGUUUGGUCCAUCAUUAGGGCAAAUAAAAGAUUAAUAUUCAGGCUUAGUUGUGAAGUGUAGCCUACUACAGUUGUAUUAUGAAAUCUGUCCAUAGUUGUACUAAGUGAAGCUGCUUGUGCCCAAGAAGAUGUAAACACUUCUCUUCCCCUAAUGUGAUAGAGUUCUCUUUUGGAUUUC